AUGCUGGAAGAGGGUGAACUUAUUAAUGCAUUAUAUCAGUUGAUUGAGAAAGAGAAGCUUGAAAGAAUUGUGUUUGAUGAGGCACAUACUAUUGUCAGUUGGGGAAAUACAUUUCGCCCUGUUUAUAAACAAGUGUGCGAGAAGCUGGCUAAUAUCAUAGUUCCCAAGUUAUUACUGAGUGCAACAGUAACUGGUAAGCUAGAGGCUGCACUGAAAACGAUUUUCAGUGCUUUAACUGCUCUGAGAACAUCAGUUUUUCGGGAAAACCUUUUCUUAGAAGUGAAAGAACGAACAAACAAGUUUUACGAUGAAGUGAAGGAUUUUAUUUUGGAACAUAAAAAUGAAAGUGGGAUUAUAUAUUGUGUUUUGCCAAAAGGUGUUGCAACAGUUCAUGCAGAACUUUUGAAAAGGGGAGUGGAAUCUGUUAAAUAUCAUGGGCAGUUAUCUGAAGAUGUUCGAGUGAGUAACCAUACCAAAUGGUUCAACGAUGAGUGUCAUGUUAUUGUUGCAAAUUCGUCAUUUGGAAUGGGGAUUGACAAAAAAGAUGUCUGA